UGAAAGCCAGUAGUUAGACAGAAUCAUCAGCAUGUCACAGGCAGGCAGAGAUAGAGACAGUAGUAGGAAUGGAAGAAAACGGAAUCUUCCUUCGUGGAUGGGGUCAAGGCAAGAUACACGUAAUGUUGAGGGGAAUAAACGUGCUCAUGUGGGUGAUCAAGAAGGAAGUGAGGAAGGUGAGACCUCUAAAGUGUCGAAAAACCACAGCAAAACACAGAAUGCUGAAGUUGAAACUGAACCAAACUCUGAUUUGGGUACCUCAAACUUCUCAAAAUUAAUGGAGGGUGUCGUCUUUGUUCUAUCAGGCUUUAUUAAUCCUGAACGUGGUACACUGAGGUCUCAGGCGUUAGAGAUGGGAGCUGAGUUUCAACCUGAUUGGAAUUCAAAUUGCACCCUUUUGGUCUGUGCAUUUCACAACACUCCAAAGUUCCGGCAAGUUGAGGCAGAUCUUGGAACUAUUGUAUCCAAGGAUUGGAUAGCAGAAUGUUAUAACCAACGGCAGCUCAUUGGCAUCGAACCUUACCUUAUGCAUGCUGGGAAACCAUGGAGGAAGCAAAGUGUUUGCAAAGAUCAAAGGCCAUCCACUUCAAGAAAAUCUCAAAAAAGAGUAGAAAGCUCUCGCUCAGACAUGACUACACCUGCAUCAUCUAAGGAUACAGAUUCCAAUGGUGUCAAAGAAUGUUUCUCUCCUUCUAAAGUAAAAAAAUGGGCCAUUGAUGAUCUUCAGAGUACUAUUUCAUGGCUAGAAAGUCAAGACGAAAAGCCAGAGCCAACAGAGAUUAAGAAAAUAGCUGCUGAAGGGAUCUUAACCUGUUUACAGGAUACAAUAGAUUCUCUGAAGCAAGGGCAGGAUGUAAAAAGAAUAACCGAGGAGUGGGCAUGCAUCCCUCGUGCAGUUGAGGAGUUGGCUAAGUUUCAAGGCACUAAAGGCGGGUUAGCUAUGGUACAGAAGGAAGAUCUUUGCAAACAAGCUGUAUCCUGUAAACAAAUUUACGAGCGAGAAUUCAAGAACAACGAUCCGUUUCUCAAAACGAAAGAACGAAACACAGGUUCCGACAGUGAUGAAACAAUCGAGAUGACAGAGCAGGAAAUUGAUCAAGCUUAUAAUGCUGUAUCUUCUACAUUGCGAACUGUUAGUUAGCUCCCCUGUCUUAUGAGAACUUCUGAUGUAACUGCUGCUUUUUGUUUCCCAAAUCCCAACACUAAUGCAUGUUUGGUGUUCUAUACAUUUCUUUACCGGUAAAAUAUGCAAGGUGAAAACUGGGAUGAAUUUGUAGUGAAAUGUCUCUUUUAACCUUGCAAAAGAUGUUAAUGAAUACUUCCUUUACCUUUA